AUGACGUCGCGCUCCAGGGCCUCGUCCCUCUCGCGCUCGCAGCGCCCGACCACCCCUCUCCGCCGCCUGUCGUCCUCGUCCCUCCGCGCCCACUCGCUGUCGCACUCGGCGUCGCGCGCACCGGCGAGCGCAGAGCACCCACUCGCCCACCUCUCGCACCAGUUCUCCGACCUCGCCGGCGCAGUGUCGGACCUCACCCACAACUGCGCCGACCUCGACUUGGUCCACUCGCGCCUCGAGGCCGUAAACGACUCGUUCGCCGCGUGGCUGUGGGGGCUCCGCGCAAAUGCCUACACGGUCGACUUUGUCCAGCAGCCCGACUACUACAGCUUUGACCUCGCCAACGACCGCCAACACCUCCGCGACGAGGCCGCCGCCGCCCUCGAGCGCCACCAACAGCACCUCGACCACCACCAGGGCGACGACACCCUCCACUCGCCGAGUCGAGCAGGGCACGGCAGCAGCGGCGGCGGCGGCGGCGGGUACGGCGACCACGCCCACAGCGAGACGACCUUCUUCACCAACGACGACGAGAGCUUCACCGUCGCCGACACACCCGCCGCCGCAGCUGCCGGGCGAGGAGCGCGUGGUCGCGGGGCGGCAAGCGGGAUCGCGCGUGGGCGAGGGGGCGCGGCGGCGAGUGCGAGGGGCGGCAAGGCGGGUGCCGGCGGCAUGACCAAGCGGAGAAAGGACGAGAUGGCCGCUUUUGCCGACCCGAUCAUGCCGCUCCUCCCGAUCGCGCUGCGCGAGAACCGCCGCCCCGAGUGCGAGAAGGUGCUCUGGGCCCUGCGCGAGCGACCGGCCGGCACCAUCAUGGCCGACCUCACGGCGGCGCUGUCCAGCUCGGGCCCGUCCGGCGUCCCGCAGGUGCGCAUCAACGAGGUCUUGCUCGCGCUCGUGCGCGCAAAGGUCGCCAUCAAGCAGCUCUCCAAGGGCGUCACGACCUACCGGCUCGACCCGAACAAGUACCCCUUCUGA